AUGGGUUGGAGAUAUAGAGCAGGGUUGCUCCUAAUCUUCUCUGUUGUCAUUAUGUGGGUCACCUCUGCAGAAAUCACCCAGGGUAUUUUUACAGAAUACAAGCACCCAUUUGCAGUAACAUAUCUUGGAACCUCUCUGUUGGCAGCUUAUCUUCCAAUAGCAUUCAUAAGGGAUUGGUUACUGAAAUUCCUCAGAAGUUGCUCUUAUAAUAGUGAUAAAAGUUGCCUGUAUGAGUCCUCCCAAGUGCUUGAUUCUCCUAUACAUAACAUUUGCACACAUGGGAAGUUUGACAUCGAAGAACAACAACCUUUGGCUGAUGAAAAAUGUGUCAAACACGUACAUUCUCAAAAGGAUGGAAAGCCGACUGUUUUUGAUCAUAGCAAAGAUGAUGAUGUAGACAUGCUGAUACAUAGAAAGCUUGUCACCAAGGAAAUUGCAACAUUAGGCUUCUUCAUUGGUCCUAUCUGGUUUGCAUCAGAGUAUUUUAUGAAUGCUGCCCUUGAAAGAACAAGUGUUGCGAGUACAACAAUAGUAUUCUCAACUUCAGGGCUUUUCACUCUUCUAAUUGGUGCAUUGCUUGGAGAAGACUCUAUAAAUGUAAUAAAUUUGGUCUCUGUUUUCGUCAGCAUGGCUGGUGUUGCCAUGACAGCAUAUGGGAAGACUUGGGCAACGGAUGAAUCCGAGACAGCCACAUCCUCAAUCACAAACCAUUCUUUUCUAGGAUAUCUUUUUGCUUUGCUCUCAGCUAUGACUGAUGGACUAUUCACAGUGCUCCUUAAAAAGUUUGCUGGGGAAGAUGGAGAAAAGGUGGAUAUGCAGAAGUUAUUUGGAUAUAUUGGAUUAUUCAGCCUUGUUUCCCUAUGGUGGCUAGUGUGGCCACUGACUGCAUUAGGAAUUGAACCCAAAUUCAUAAUUCCUGACUCUGCUCAAACGGUUGGAGUUGUUUUUGCCAAUUGCUUUGCUGGAAGUUUCCUCUCCGAUUAUUUCUGGGCAUUAGGUGUUGUUUGGACCACACCAUUGGUGGCUGCACUGGGUGCCUCACUUACCGUACCACUUGCCAUGUUGGAGGACAUGGUCAUCCAUGGCCGCCACUAUUCAACAAUUUAUAUUCUUGGCUCAGUUCAGGUAUUCCUGGGAUUUGCAAUUGCCAACGUUUCAGAUUGGUUCACAGUACCCAAGUCUGGAUUUCAAUUCUUGAAUUCACUUAAAAGAUGGUUCAUCCCUUCCCCCCUCCCUAACUUGACUAUGUGA